UUAUAUUUUAAAUUAAAAUCCUCCGUUUAUUUGAUAUACGGGCUACGUGGGGACAUGAGUACAUUUUGUGUGGUUUAACAAUGUUAAACAACCGCAACGGAUUCUUGAACGCGACUUUUAGGUGACAUGCAGUUGACGUGAGGAUGGUGACUGUAGUGGAGGUGCUGAGUCUGAUAUUGGUGUCGCUGCUGUGGGGCUGCACCAACCCGUUCCUGAAAAAAGGCUCAGAGGGGAUCGAAAAUGUGAAAGAAACCAACAGAGUCUCUCAGCUGCUGGCUGAAAUCAAGUUUCUCCUUCUAAACGUCAAGUACUUGGUUCCAUUUCUCCUAAACCAGAGUGGUUCUCUGGUUUAUUUUUAUACGCUGUCAACCACCGAUUUGUCUUUUGCUGUUCCUGUGGCGAACUCUCUCACCUUCCUUUGCACUCUGCUGACUGGCAAGUUGCUGGGUGAAGAAAUAGGAGGCAAACGGGCUGUUUUGGGGCUGCUCCUCACUAUGGCUGGGAUCACUCUGUGUGUUAUAAGCUCCGUUGAAAGCAAAGAUACUGACGGACAGAACCAGGGCCAGCAUCAGCUCUGAUGGAGAUCAAGAUUAAAGCAAAUUCUCCUGCGCUGCCAGGGGAUCACUUAGCGGGAAAGAAAAGAGGACCAACGCUGCAUCUUCAGCUGGACUAGAGGAGGGUGAAGAUUUAGGCAGAAGCUGUUUACAGAAAACUGUCCUGCAGGGAGAAUCGCUCCUAGAUUUACUCAUGUUGGACUUCAAAAGACCUGCCAGAGGAAGAAGAUGCUGAAGACAUAGAGGGUUGAAGUAGGGUUCACUCUAGAUUUAUGGCGCUCACGUAGAAAAUGGUUGCUGUUAGUUUUUACUGGUUGGUUUUUACUUCCGUGGGAGAGGAAUUUCCAAAGAUGUUGUCGAGACAAUAAGCUAUUAGAGAACGGUUGAUGAAAAGGAUCAUUUAUGUCAUGCCUUGGUGUAACAAAAUUUCCCUUAAAUUGAAGUUAGCUAAAACUAAUAAAAAAAAAAAGGAAGCCUAUUGUUGGGUAAAACUUAAAUCAGCUAAAAAAAUACUUAUCAAAGGUAUAGGACCAUAAUUUAGACAUCACUGGAUAAAACUAUUUUCAUAUCAGCUUUUUAUGGGGUAUUUUCUUUAAAAUAAGCUACACAGGGUUAAAAGUUUCUUAUAUUUACAUGU